ACUGAACUGAUCCCGACCCGAUCUUUGCCCCGCAGCAAAAUUUCUAAUCUCUUAUCAGCCGCGAUUCCACAGUGGAAUUUGAUCAAAAUCCAAAUUUUUUUUUUCUUCUUCACGACACCUCCAGGUUCUCCCCGGGGUCUCGUCUUUCCAUCCCAUCUUCGCCUCCAGUCUCUUCACUGCAGUACUGUGCCCCCCCUCUUCAAAAACCCUUGCUAUCCCCUCCCGCGGUGUGCCCGACGGGAUCUUCUUUUUCUUUUCCCUUUCUUUUUUUCUUCGCUGUUCUGUUCAUCUUUUCGCUGUUUUCUUUUUGAUACCCCUUCUGUUCACAUUUCCUUGAAGCGCCAUGGACAAGCAAACGCUUGCCGCGCUCCUCAAGGAGUCGCAGAUUCCUGAUACCCAGAGAGUCAAGGCCAUCACGGCUGAGCUCCAAAAGAACUACUAUGUUCACCCCGAGUGCCUUCUCCUCCUCAUCGAAGUUUUCGCGACACACGAUGACCUCGGUGUCAGGCAAUUGGCCGCCGUCCAGGCUGCCAGACUCGUCACCAAGCAUUGGGGCAAGAUCCCCAAGGCCCAGAAGGUGCAGGUCCGCCAGGUCCUCCUCGAGGCCACUCUGAAGGAGCAGAACCCCAAGUGCCGCCAUACCGCUUCCCGUCUUAUCGCUGUCAUCGCCUGCUUUGACUUCGAGGAGGGCGAGUGGGACGAUCUCCGCGACAUUGCCAUGAACUUGGCUACCAACGCCGAUGUCAACCAGCGUGAAGUCGGUACCUACAUCAUCUUCAGCUUGAUCGAGGCCAACCCCACGGCCUUCGAGGACCUCCGCAAGCUUCUCGAGAUCUUCAACCACACUCUCCGCGACCCCCAGAGCGCUGAUGUUCGCAUCAACACCAUGAUGUCCAUUGGCGCCUGCCUCCUCAUGUUCGAUCCCGAGGAGGAUCCCCAGGCCGUUAAUGCCCUUCAGACCCUCGUUCCCUCCAUGGUCGACGUUCUCAAGCACGUCGUUGAGUCUGGCGAUGAUGAGAAGAUUGCUCAGGCUUUCGACGUUUUCCAGCAGUUCUUGGCUUGCGAGUCUUCGCUGCUCGGCAAGUACCUUAAGGAUCUUGUCAAGCUGAUGAUUGACCUCGGCGGCAACCCCCAGGCUGAGGAUGAGGUCCGCGCUCAGGCUCUUGCUUUCCUCGCCCAGACUGUCCGUUACAGGCGCAUGAAGAUCCAGGGCAUGCGCGAUGUUGGCGAGGAGCUCACCAUCAAGAGCAUGGUCAUUCUCACCGAGAUCGACGACGAUGAGGAUGAGGAUGAUAUGAGCCCCGCCCGCUCCGCUCUCAUGCUGCUCGAUCAGCUUGCCAGCGACCUUCCUCCUCGCCAGGUUAUCGUUCCCCUUCUCAACGCCUUCCCCAAGUUCGCCACCAACUCCGAGGCUGGCUACAGAAAGGCCGGUAUCCUUGCUCUCGGCACCGUCGUCGAGGGUGCUCCCGACUUCAUCGCCAACCAGAUCAAGUCCAUCAUGCCCCAUGUCAUCACCCUGCUCAACGACCAGGAUGUUGGUGUCAGGCACGCCGCCCUUGUCGGUCUGUCUCGCCUUGCGGAUGACAUCGCCUCUGAGCUCUCCCCUUACAACGAGCCUAUUAUGACUGCUCUUGUCAAGAACCUCCAGGCUUCCAUGGCCGCCUCCAACGAUACCACCCAGGCCAAGAAGAAUGUCGAGAUCAUCCGUUCUGUUUGCGGUGCUCUUGACUCCAUGUCCGAUGGUCUCGAUGCCGAGUUCAUGAAGCAGUAUGCUGGCGAGCUUGUCGCUAACAUCGGCGCUCUGAUCGGCCACGAGGACUACAAGGUCAAGGUAGCUGCUUCCGGUGCUAUCGGUGCCAUUGCCGAGGCUCUUGGCGAGGAGUUCAAGCCCUACUUCGACAACAUCAUGCACGCCCUCGGGGCUUACCUCACCAUCAAGGAGACUGAGGACGACCUUGCCCUUCGCAGCGGUGUUUGCGACUCCGUCGGUCGCAUCGCCACUGCCGUCGGUGCUCAGACCUUCCAGCCCUACGUCCUUCCUCUCAUGAAGUCCAGCGAGGAGGCCCUUCAUCUCGAUAGCACCAGACUCCGCGAGUCCUCUUUCAUCCUCUGGAGCUGCCUCUCCAAGGUCUACGAGAAGGACUUCUCUCCCUUCCUUCCCGGUGUCUUCAAGGGCUUGUUCCACAGCCUUGAGCUUGAGGAGGAGGAGAUCAACCUCGAGCUCUCCGAGGCUGAGCGUGCCAUUGCCGGCACUGAUGAGGAGAUCAUCACCGGUGGCAAGCGCCUCAAGGUCAAGGCCAACGAUGACGAGGAUAUCAUGGAUGAUGAAGAGGGCGAGGAUUGGGAGGACAUUGGCAUCUCCCCUGAGGCUUUCGAGAAGGAGGUUGCCAUUGAGAUCAUGGGCGAUAUUAUCACCCAUUCUUGCUCCGGCGCCGAGAUCAAGGAGUACCUUGAGAAGGCCGUCGAGAUGAUCUCCCCUCUCCUUGAGCACCCUUACGAGGGCUGCCGCAAGGCUGCCAUCGCUACUUUGUGGCGCGCUUAUGCCCGCGUCUGGCAGCUUAUGGAGGAGGAGACUGGCUCUAACUGGGAGCCCGGUCUUCCCCUCAAGACCCAGCCCACUGUCACUCUUGUCAAGCUCGGCGAGAUUGUUACCAGCGCCACCCUCAAGGUGUGGUUGGAGGAGAUGGACCGUGCCGUCGUUACCGAGGUCAACCGCAACGUUGCCGCCACUCUCAAGGCCUGCGGUCCUGCCAUCCUUGCCCAGGGCGACUUCAUGAAGGAGACCAUCAGCAUCCUCAGCACUAUCAUCACCCGCUCCCACCCUUGCCAGCAGGAUCUUGGUGACGAGGAUGAGGAGCAGGAGGUUGAGGGCUCUUCCGAGUACGACUGGCUUGUUAUCGACACUGCCCUCGAUGUCGUGAUUGGCCUCGCCGUCGCUCUUGGCCCCGCCUUCUCUGAGCUCUGGAAGAUCUUCGAGAAGCCCAUCUUGAAGUUCGCCUCCUCUGAGGCUGAGAACCUCGAGCGCUCCACCGGUGUCGGUGUGAUCGCUGAGUGCGCUGCCAACAUGGGUGCCACCGUCACCCCCUACACUGGCAAGCUUAUGCAUCUGCUCCUCAAGCGUCUCUCUGACACCGAUAACGAGACCAAGAGCAACGCUGCCUACGCUACCGGCCAGCUCAUUCUCCACUCCACCGACAGCAACACCUACCUUCCCCAGUACGAAACCAUCCUCCACAAGCUGGCCCCCAUGCUCCAGAUUCCCGAGGCUCGUAUCAAGGAUAACGCCUCUGGCUGCUUGUGCCGCAUGAUCCUUGCUCACCCCGACCGUGUUCCUCUUGCCCAGGUUCUUCCCGCUCUGGUCGAUCUCCUGCCCUUGAAGGAGGACUACGAGGAGAACACUCCUGUCUACCAGUGCAUCUACAAGCUCUACGAGCAGGGCGAGCCCACUAUCAACUCUCUUACUCCCAAGGUCAUCCCUGUCCUUGAGUCUGUCCUCAGCCCUCCUGAGGAUCAGCUCAGCGACGAGACUCGUGAGCUUGUGAGGAAGCUUGUUCACCAGCUUUACAGCGCCAACCAGGCUCUCUUCGCUGCCAACCCUAACGCGUUGAAGCUUGCUGGUAUUCUCUAGAGUUGACGUCGAGUUGAGAGAGUUGUAUGAUUUGCAUAGCACGGACCGGGGUACAGGUGUUUAAUUUGGCCAUAAUUUCGAGCCGCAUGAGCGAUGACAUUAAGACAUGAUGAUUUACAGAUGCUAUUCAAGGGUUUAAUUAUGUUCAUGCCUGG